AUGCAUGACUUUGCGUAUCGGUAUGGGUUUACGGAAAAGGCGUUUAAUUUCCAGCAGAGUAAUCUUGGGAAGGGCGGGAAGGAGGGGGAUAGGGUUUUGAUGAGUGUGCAGGAUGCGUCGGGGGUUAAUAAUGCGAAUUUCGCUACGCCGCCUGAUGGGCAGUCGGGGCAAUGUAGGAUGUUCAUCUGGACACUUACCAACCCCCGCCGUGAUGGAACGAUGGAGAACGAUAUUGUGAUCCAUGAGAUGACCCAUGGGAUUACUAACCGUAUGACGGGGGGUGGUACAGGGCGGUGCUUGCAGACUACAGAGUCGGGUGGGAUGGGUGAGGGGUGGAGUGAUGCUAUGGCCGACUGGAUGGCCCAAUCCUCCGGAACCACAAAAGACUUCAUCGUCGGCCAAUACGUCGCGAACCGCGCCAAAGGCAUCCGGUCGUUCCCCUACUCGACCUCCGCAACCACCAACCCCCUUCGGUACUCGAGUUUGCAGAAGCUCACGGAGGUGCAUGAUAUUGGGGAGGUGUGGGCUAAUAUGUUGCAUCAGGUGUACGCUGCGCUUGUAGCUGCACGCGGGUUUUCGAGUAAUAAGUUGACGGAUGCGGGUGCGAAGGAGGGGAAUGUUGUGUUUAUGAGGGUUAUGAUGGAUGCACUUGCUAUUCAGCCUUGUAAUCCGACUUUCAUCCAGGCACGCGACGCGAUAAUUCAAGCCGACCAGAACAGGUUCAACGGGGUGAAUAAGUGUAUUAUUGCCAAGGCGUUUGCGAGCCGUGGACUUGGGUUGAAGGCGACUGCGAAGUUUGUGGAUGAUGCGACGCUUCCUGCGGGGUGUUAGGGUGCUGAGGUCUGAGGGUGUACGGGGAGAGGGAUGCAAGUUUGCUUUCGAGUUAUAUACAUUCUUUUGAUAUACCAUCUCUCCGUCAUUGCAUGAUGUAUAUACGUAGUCGACAAACACGCUUCGAUCUC